AUGUCGCAACCGCUGUUCGGCCUCGUCCCGGCGGGCCUGCCUGUCAUUACUCAGCCAACCGAGACCCCUUCGCAGACAUCCUUCAUCUACAGCAUAUCAACCACCCCAAAGUCCUUCAGCCACGUCGUCAUCUUCCUGUUGCCCGGCGUCCUCCUGCCCAGCAAUACCGCCGCGGCAAUCUACCUCGUUACCCCGCCCGACCGCUCGCAGGGCCAGGACGUUCCCAACUCAAAGUUUCUGGGCGGCGUGGGCCCCGGCAAGGAGUCCGCCAUCUUCAAGCUCAACGAGUCGUCGCUGUCCGCCCCCUCGGCCGGCCAGAUCGUCCUGGGGAUCAGCAUCGAGGACGCCGGCUCCGUGGCGAGCCGCAUCACAGAGCUGCAGGCCGCCAAGUCGACAUCGCUCGCCCUGGUCCCCGCCGGCGUCGCCGCCGCGGCCAGGGCCCAGCAGCCCAGCACCCUCGUCCUCGCGCAGCGUAUCAUCAAGAACGCCUUCAACUUCCUCUCCAGCUUCUCCGGCCAGGCCGGCCAGGUCGAGGUCGUCCCGAUGAAGGCCUUUGAGGACUGGUGGAAGAAGUUCGAGAGCAGGGUGCGGAGCGACCCGGGCUUCCUCGAGAGGGACGACUGA